AUGGAAACUAUAGCAGAAGCUACGGCAACCGUAGCAGAAGCUACGGCAACUGUAGCAGAAGCUACGACUGCUAUAGCAGAAGCUACGGCAACUGUGGCAGAAGCUACGGCAACUGUAGCAGAAGCUACGGCAACUGUAGCAGAAGCUAUGGCAACUGUAGCAGAAGCUACGGCAACUGUAGCAGAAGCUACGGCAACUGUAGCAGAAGCUACGGCAACUGUAGCAGAAGCUAUGGCAACUGUAGCAGAAGCUACGGCAACUGUAGCAGAAGCUACGGCAACUGUAGCAGAAGCUACGGCAACUGUAGCAGAAGCUAUGGCAACUGUAGCAGAAGCUACGGCAACUGUAGCAGAAGCUACGGCAACUGUAGCAGACGCUACGGCAACUGUAGCAGACGCUACGGCAACUGUAGCAGAAGCUACGACAACAGUUGUAGCAGAAGCUACGACAACUGUAGCAAAAGCUACGGCAACUAUAGCAGAAGCUACGACAACAGCUGUAGCAAAAGCUACGACAAUAGUUGAAGCAGCAGCUACGGUUGCUGUUUUAGAAGCUACAACAGCUGUAGCAGAUGCAAUGACAAAUCACUGUAGCAGAUACGACAACAAUUACUGUAGAUAA